AAACUGCGCGUAUAUAAUCCAUUCAUUGACUGUUAUGGUUAAGAAGUGUCCAUAUGCCAAAGUAGUUAUGUGCACAAUUAAUACCAAGUAUCUGUUAUUUGUGGCUGCGGCCGCUUUAUGUUUACAUGCAAUUCCUCCGGCGCACGGGAAAACCGUAUCGGGCAUCCUCAGGAGCGACGCUGCAAAAGAAAACAAUGGGCAAUACAUAACAAGAUUUCUGUUUCACGGGGAGAAUGCUCUCGUGGUCUGCAGACUGGAGGAGGCUGACUUCGCCAUGGCUGUGAGGAAGGAGGCCCGGCUGCUGCUCUUCCAGGAGCAGGAGGGGUUUGAGAACCUCAGCUGCCUAGAGCGCUUGUCUGGAGCUCCUGUUGCCAUCACGCUGAACGCAGUGGAGCUCAACUGGACCAUGCCCAAGAUGUCUUCGCCCCAGCUCUGGCACAUGGUUUAUGCGGACCAGAGCACCUGCCAGGAGGGAGAGGCUGGCGGGGACCUGGAGGAGAUCCGAUUCCAGGCCAUGCUUUUUAACCCUGACAAUGCUGGCAACCCCUUGGAUCACUUCAGCGCUGAAGAGGCGGGCCUACACAGUUUCUACUUCUUGCUGGUCCUCACCUACUUUGUGGCAGUCUGCAUCUGCGCCCAGCCUUUGUGGCAGGCAUUGCACAAGGGUGGGCCCAUGCACACCGUGCUGAAGGUCCUAUCAGCUGCUCUCCUGCUGCAGGUUGGCUCUGCCCUACUGAACUACAUCCACAUGGCCAGAUAUGCCAGGAAUGGAACUGGAGCUCCCAUGAUUGGCAGCUUGGCAGAAUUCUGCGACGUGAUAUCCCAAAUCCAGAUGCUCUACCUGCUGCUAAGCCUGUGCAUGGGCUGGAUGCUGAGCCGGACACACAGGUUCCAGAGCAAGCCACUGCAGUGGGACACCUCGCCCACCUCCACCACGCUUGCCCUUGGGGGUGUGGGCACCCAGGGGGCACUGUUGGUCUGGGAGCAAUUCAAGGACACCGAGCACCAUAGCUACCAUGCCCACGGCAGCGUGCCGGGCCUGCUUCUCAUUGGCCUGCGCAUUGUUCUAGCCCUGCUGCUUGCCUCCAUCCUCUACCAGAUCAUCAUGGCGGAGAGGAGUACUCUAAAACGAGACUUCUACCUCUGCUUCGCAAAGGGCUGUUUCUUGUGGUUUCUGUGUCACCCGAUCCUCGUACUGAUUUCUGUUGCUUUCCGUGAGCACCAAAGAGAGAAGGUCAUCACCAUUGGCAUCAUACUUUGCCAGACCGCUGCGGUGGUCAUCCUCUAUAGACUCUUCCUGUCCCGUAGCUUGUACUGGGAAGUGUCCUCACUCUCCUCAGUCACACUGCCACUGACCAUGUCUAGAGGGCAUCGGAGUCGUUACUAGCUUCCCCCAGGUGACAAGGAACAGCGGAACCACUGCAGGUGACAGCUAUCCAAGAGCACUGUCCAAAAAGAACCAGGACACCUACAGACAUGGAUGGAACUUGUCCGUCCUGUGAGUGACAGCAACCAGUGACCAGUUGUGUGGACUUUGGGUAGAUUUGAAUGAGGUGUUACUGGGCAGUAUGGAUUUUAAUGAGGACCUGAUUGUCUUUCACCUCAAAAGACAUGCAUAUAGCAUAGAAAUAAAAAUGAAAAUUCAAGUGA